UUAUUUAUUUUUCUUCAGGAUUGUAUGAAAUGGGUCCUUUGAAAGAGUACGAUUCAGUGGCGGCGUUGAGGAAAAAAUUGAUCGAAGGGCAGCCGAACGGAGGAAACUCCGAACUUCCUUUGCAUUUAGGUUACAGUUUGUCGAACAAGGAGAGGAAAAGAGCGAAGAAAUUGCAGCUUCUCAAAUUGCAAAAAUCCGAACUCAAGCAGCGUUUCAAGGAGGAGAAGAUUCGAAAGAAAGAGACUAUGAAGAAGAAAAAUAAAGCGUGGAUCAAAGCCAUGCUUGGGACGAACGGAAAAUCAGCAGAGCCGAUUUCUUCUCCUUUGGUUGCAGAAACGACGGAUAACUCUGAGGUUCUUAGUUGCAGCGAUGAUGAAGAGCCUCCUGAGUUGGUUUACGUGCCUCCAAGAAAGAUGCUGUCGUCCAAGAGCAAAUUAAAAUCGUUCAAUAUUCACGACAGCCGUGGUCGUGCCCUCAAAAUGCUCCAAUGGAUGAUCGAACCUUAUCCCGUGAAGAAGUUCAUGCAGGAGAUUUUCGAGAAACGGCCUUUGGUGAUAGGGAAGAGAAAAGCGGACUAUUAUCAGCAGCUAUUUGGAACCAAGGAAUUUGAUGCCAUCCUACGUAAGAAAGAUGUUCUCUUUGGCCGGAACUUGGACGUGGUGAAGUGCGUGAAAGGUGUCCGGAAGACAUUAACGCCCGAGGGUGAAAGAGCGUAUCCGAGCAAGGUCUGGGGGCAUUUUAAGGAAGGUUGCAGUGUUCGGAUGCUCAAUCCCCAAACGUACUCUCUCCCAGUUUGGCGGCUUUUGUCUGUUCUUACUGAGUACUUCAACUCCUUCGUUGGCUGUAACAUGUAUCUGACUCCUGCUGGCCAUCAGGGUUUCGCUGCGCAUUACGACGAUAUUGAAGCCUUUGUCCUUCAGAUUGAAGGCAAAAAACACUGGAAAGUGUACAAUCCCAUGGAUGAAGAUAGUACAUUACCUCGGGAAUCAAGCAGGGAUUUUUUGCCGCAUGAGUUGAAGGAGAAGCCAGUUCUGGAAGUCACGCUUGAGCCCGGGGAUUUGCUGUAUUUUCCGCGGGGAUAUAUUCAUCACGCUACAGCUGAUGAUGAUGCUCACUCUUUGCAUCUGACCGUGUCCUGUCAUCAGAAGCACACAUAUGGCGACUUCCUUAUGGAGCUGCUGCCUAUGGCAGUUAAGACAGCCAUGGAGGAAGAUGUGGAAUUCCGAAAAUCUCUGCCCGUGGAUUUUGGGCAACAUAUUGGGUCGAUUCAUAGUGAGAAGCAGAAUGAGGGCGCACGGUCGGAUUUUUUCACCAAAAUCGGAGAUUUGGUCAGCAGGCUGAUGUAUUUUGCGCCCGUGGAUGCCACAGCUGACCAGUUUGCCGUGAAGGUGCUGGAGGAGUCCUUGCCACCAGUAUUAUCUGAGGGAGAGAAAUCAUGCAGUGUGUUCAGAGCGGGAGAACCCUGGCAAGGCGUAGAGGAAGUGAAUGGAGUUACGUUGGACAUCAACAUUGGGGUGCGUCUGGUCCGUUAUGGAGCUGUGAGACUAGUUGGUGAAGCGAACGAGAUUCGACUCCACUACAAUGUUGGCAACACCAGAGUGUAUCGCGAAGCUGGCACCAAGUUCGUUGUGAUAGCUGAUGAAGAGGUCGACGUUGUGGAAGCUUUGAUCUCGCAGUAUCCGCAAUACUCUUUGAUCAAGGAUUUGCCUGAUAUUGGUGGAAAAUCCGGAAAAACGUUGGCAUUUGUGACCAAACUCUUCGAAAUUGGUCUGCUGCUGACAGAUGCUCCCGUCUUGGCUAUGCGGGAUGUGGAGUAAGCUGUACCAUUGCCCUCUGCUUGAAUUCAUUGAAUUGUUCAAACUUGAGGUUCAAUGAAGGAUUCAUUAUUUCACACA